AUGGCAGCCCUCCACGACGCUCUCAAAACCCUCUCACCCACCACCGUCUCCGCUCUCCCCACACCCGACACCCUUCCCGGCUACAUCACCAACGCCCUCCGCGAUACUUACACACUCAUCAACUCCCUGCCCCCGUCCGACACCGACACCGACACCCCUGCCUCUCCCCUCCAAAAGGAAUGGAAGCCCUUCAAGCUCAACGCAAAAGAUAACCCGCACAACUUCAGCGUCUACAAGCUCGCUGCAAAGGACGGAAAAGGCACCUGGUUCGCCCGGCGCAGUGUACACUCGCAGCUGGGCUUUCGGCGGUUCCGUGCGGGGCUCGUGAGGGAGUUUGAGUUGGGUGCUGAGAGGGGGAGUAGUGUUCGUGGCGUGGGGAGGGAACGGCAGAUUGAGAGGGGGAAGUGUGCGUUGGGGCAAUCAGAGAUAAACUACCUCACCGCACAAUUCCCCGGCCCCUCUGCGCCUCGAGACUUUGUAACAUCAACCAUCACAUCCUCUGCGCACCCGCAGGACCUGUCCCCGCUAUCCGAUGACGCCCCUCCUGCCCCCGCCCCCAACGACGGUUCACCAAAGCCUCGACAGUUUACGAUGAUCUCGAGGCCGCUCACGGACCAUCCUGAGUGUGCGGAGCGUCAGGGCUAUGUCCGCGGCCAGUUUGAGAGCGUCGAGUUCAUAAGGGAGAUUCCGUCUGUGUGUGCCCCGCCCGUGCAGCCCCGUCUGGUACGCCGCUCGGAGGAGCUGCGUAGGGUCCAGAGUGUGCCGAGUGUGGCGACAUUGCAGGAGGAUGAGGAAGGGGAGGGGGAGCGUAGGGGGAGGAGACGGGGGAGGACUAUCACGUUUGCGGAUACCGAGAGUGUGCCAGAAGGGCAGCAGCAGCCAGUAGUAGAUGAAGGACCGCAUCCGGAGCAGAACCCCGUCGAGUGGAUCAUGAUCACGCGGUCGGACCCGGGCGGGAGUGUUCCGCGGUGGAUGGUUGAGCGCGGGACGCCCGGCGGGAUCGUGAAGGACGCUGAUAAGUUCCUUGAGUGGGCGGCAGCACAGACGGACUUGGAAGACGGCUAUCCAGAGGACGAAGAGUCCGAAGAGAUGGCCGAGGGAAGCAGGGUCGGCGGUGACAGGGGCGGCGGGGGAGAAUCACAAGUCCACGGCCAAGAGCUCUAUGACGCCUCGAAGCGUGAGCCCGAGCAUCCACCGGAAACCUCAGACAGCAACGUCACCCCACAAGGUCACGAAGACCAGUCCCACGGCGGCCUCCUCUCAUCAGCAGUUUCCGCCGUCUCAGCAGGUGUAUCAAUGCUCACCCCCUCCGUCAUGAGCACCUCCACCACCACCUCUGAACACGGCACCCCUACCGCCUCUACCACUACACACAACGACCUCCCCACCCCUCCUAGUACCACCCCCGGCGCCACUACCCCCUCCCACUCAGACGACGACGCUGUCUCCAUUGCUAGCUUUGCCACCGCACCCUCCCCCGACGACACCACAUCCGUUACAUCCGUCUCCGCCUCCACCUCCGCCCCCUCCACCCCCGAAGAUAAAGCCCUCGCGCGCCUACUGCGCGAAAAAGCAAAGCUCUGCGAAAAGCUAGAGCGCCAACGCUCACGCGAGCGAAAGAAACGCAGUAAGGACGAGGAGAGGGAGCAGAAGCUGCUGGAGAAGCAUAUGAAGGAGAUAGAGAAGCGGGAGGCGCGGUAUCAGAAGGAUGUGGAGAAGGCGAGGAAGAGAGAGGAGAAGAAGAGGUCGAAGGAGAUGAAAGAGGUUGUGGAGUUGAAGAGCGUUGUUGAGGGGUUGACGAAGGAGAAUCUGGCGUUGAGGGAGCGGGUGGAUGUGUUAGAGGCGAGAGAGAAAGAGAGGGAGAGGGAGGCGCAGAGGCAUGCGGAGGAGGCAGCGGGCGCGGUGGGGGUGGAGUAG